AUGGAGUUCAUCAAGCGAGGGAUCAGUAAGAUCACCAGGGUGAAGACAAUCCCUGAAGACAUGCACGAGACCUCGCUGAGCCGGUGUCUCAACACCUUCGAUAUCACCUUGCUGGGCAUUGGGCAUAUGAUUGGGGCUGGCAUCUAUGUGUUGACAGGUACGGUAGUUCAUGAUAAGGCCGGGCCAUCCACAGUUCUCAGUUUCUUGUUUGCUGGAGUGGCCGCAUUUCUUAGUGCCUUGUGUUAUGCCGAAUUUGGAGCCCGAAUCCCAAAAGCUGGCUCCGCCUACUCCUAUACUUAUGUGACCAUUGGUGAGCUGUGGGGAUUUCUGAUUGGCUGGAAUGUUAUUCUUGAGCAUGUGAUUGGUGCAGCCUCUGUUGCCAGGGCAUGGAGUGGAGCUUUAGAUGCUGUCUUUAACCAGGCCAUCAGAAAUGGAACAAUUACUCAUCUUGGUCAUCUGUCCCAAGACAAUGAGUGGCUCUCAGAAUAUCCAGAUCUUGUAGCCACGGGCAUCACCAUCAUCGCUUUCAUCAUCAUCGGAUUCGGAGCCAAGAUUUCCGUGAAUUUCAACAGUGUGUUCACUGUACUCAAUGCUUUUGUGUUGCUGUUCAUCAUCAUCGCUGGCUUUACAUUUGCCAACACAAGUCUGUGGUCCAUCAGUGGAGGGUAUGGAGGCUUUUUCCCAUUUGGCUUUGGUGGCACACUGUCUGGUGCUGCCACCUGCUUUUUUGCUUACAUCGGCUUUGAAGGCAUUGCCGUUGCCGGGGAGGAAGCCAAAAAUCCAGAGAAGAGCAUCCCGAAAGCUACAGCUCUCUCGCUGCUGACUGUCACCUGCCUGUACCUGCUAGCUAGCGCCAGUUUGACACUGAUGAUUCCCUACUUUGACACAAACACUUCAGCGGCUUUUCCAUUUGCUUUUGAUGAGGUCGGUGCUCACUGGGCAAAGUACAUUGUUGCGUUUGGGACUCUGCUGGGGAUAACAACAUCGUUACUUGGUUCUGCAUUCUCGUGUCCUCGGUCAGUCUAUGCCAUGGCAGAGGAUGGACUUUUGUUUCACUUUCUGGCUUACAUCCACCCACGAACACAGACACCAAUAUUUGCAAUCAUCAUUUUUGGAUUACUGGCUGCACUGAUGGCUUUGUUGUUUGAAAUCACGACGUUGGUAGAGUUUAUAAGCAUUGGCACAUUGUUUGGUUACACAAUUGUAUCUGCAAGCAUCAUCAUCCUUCGGUACCAACCUGUCAGUAAAUGUCAGUUUAAGGUAAGGCGUGCAGUGACACAUUCCGAGAAGAGUAGCAUGCUGCCCAAGUCCAAAAGCCAUGAUGACUUUGGUCGUCUGCGACAAAACCUACGACAGGUUCCUAUUCUCCGUCGCUUUGAACCAGGAGAGGGUGUCAAAAGUGCAGUUAUCCUAAUGGGCAUAUUCAUGGUUGGUUUGUGGCUGGUUGUGCUAGAGGGAUCCGAGUACUUGAUGUUAACAGUUUGUUUCAUUAUUUCCUAUAAAAUCCAAAUUUUGUAUUCCCAGAAAGCAACAUGGUGGGCUGUGCUACUAGUGAUCAUCUUCAGUCUGUUAAUCGUCAUAUUUUACUUAGUGAUUGUCGCCCAUGAAAAGAACGAUGCAUUCCUUACUUUUCAGAUCCCCCUAGUCCCUCUGCUCCCCUCACUAAGCAUGCUGGUCAACAUUGCUCUCAUGCUGUCACUGACGAAACUGACCUGGCUUCGUCUGGUCAUCUGGAUCACUGUCGGACUCGUGGUGUAUUUCGCCUACGGCAUCCAUUACAGCAGAGAAAACAGAAAACAUCAGGGAUACGGGCCGAUGGUAGAGUACACCGGAGAUGCUUUGCUUCCUGAGAAUACUAUCUCCGGGCUGAGUGAACAAAUAAAAGAGUUGCAGCCUCCACGUAAAGAGGAAGGACUUUACCAAUAG